CUUCUCACCCAUUUUCGAUUUAUAGUACUCUAACAACUCUGUUGAAUGCCGCUUCUGUUUUUGUAUUUAUUACUAAUAAUUCCAUAAAUUUUCCAACAAAAAUGGCUAGCGAGGAUUUAUUUGCCGAAGACUUCUCCGAAGAAAUUAUUUCUGAAUUAGAACAAGAUUAUGUUCAGGAGGCGGACAUUGUUGAACAAGAAGACAUUGGCGGCAAGGAAACCGAGGAGGACAAUGUUGUUGAAGAGGAAUCGACGACCCCGGAUGAAAGUGUGCCGGUCACAACAAACACUGAGGAGGAUCAAACACAAUCCAGCAAGACCAAAACAACAAAUGUCAGCAGUGAGGCGCGACUCUUUCAAUUGCCUUUGACAAGGGUGAGAAAUAUCAUGAAAUUGGAUCCUGAUUUACAUAUUGCCUCCAAUGAAGCUGUAUUUUUGGUAACACGAGCCACAGAACUAUUUAUACAAUCACUGGGUGUGGAAUCGUAUACCUUUACCGCCCAAGCCAAGAAAAAGACAGUGCAAAAACGUGAUGUUGAUUUGGCCAUAGCUGCCGUUGAUAGCCUAAUGUUUUUGGAUGGGGCAAUGAGUUUUUAAAAUUGUUAAAUAAAACAGCAUUUGGUUUUUGUUAGUUUUAAA